CACGCACCACGCAGCGCUCUCCAACACCACAUCGCCAAGCCCGCCUCCGUCGCGCCACCGCACGCGCUGACGCCGCUUCCCCCACACCGUCACACGCAUCCACGCGGCCCCAACGCCAGCCACAGCACGACUCUCACCCGCCCCCUCCUCCUCCUUCCCUUCCCCACGCCAUGGACCCGCGCGGCGUGGACGGCGCCGCUUCCUCCCCCACCGACCCGCCGAACCCCGAGUCCGAUCCGGCCGCGGCCGCGAUGGACGCGCGCCUCCCGGGCGACCUGCUGCGCGCGGUCCUGCAGCGGUUGCUGCCGGCCGACCUCGCGCGGGCCGCCUGCGUCUGCCGCGCGUGGCACGCGGUCGCGUCCGAUCGCGUCAUGCUCGAGGCCGUCUUCCGCGCGCCCUGGGGCGUGCGCCGCGUCAUCGGGGAGCCGGUGACGCGGGCCUUCUGGCGGGCCGCCUCCCUGGGGCGCUUCGCGCUCUCGCACACCGUCCGGCGCGGAGACACCGUCCCCGGCAUCGCCCUCAAGUACUCCGUCCAGGUGACUGAUGUCAAACGGUUCAAUAACAUGAUGAGUGACCAUGGUAUCUACUCAAGGGAGAGGCUUCUGAUACCAAUCAGUAACCCAGAAAUUCUGUUGGGUAGCACCUGCUACAUUGAGAUGGAUCAUAACGCGAAGAGAGAGGUCGCAGUCUUUUAUCCGGAGGGUCGCCCGGGUGGAAAAACUGAAUCCUUGGCAAUCACGGUUUCUGCGGAGAGACGAAGCAGAAAGAUUGUCGAGUCAGUGAGGCGGAGCUUGCAUGUUGACGACGGGACUGCUGCAUACUACUUGUCCAUUACGGAAGGCGAUCCGAGGGCUGCCAUGGUGGAGUUCUCCGAGGACCUAAGGUGGGAGCAGCAACGAGCAGGCCAUUAGAUUCAGAUCAAUGGGAUACGUUAAGAUCAUGGUACUUGAUGGAAUGAUGGGUACCAUUUGAUGGUUGCUGCCUGCUUGAACUGCUAUUGCUGGGUUACCCUCUACAAUGUAUUGUACACUCUGAACCUUUGUAAUAUAAUAUAAUGUCAGCUUCCGUGUAAUUAACAUACAUACAUGUAUAAUAAUUUCCGAAUGGCAGCUGUGAUGAAAAACAAAUUCUCA